CUCAAGCCGGAAGUGUUUACAUUCUGUUAGCUUUAAGAAGUUCGCAUAAAACACCUAAACUUCAAAGCUAAUUCUGGCUGAUUAUGCUUCAUUUAUGUCUGUCAUUAAGAAAAAUAAACUACAACGACGUCAGCUGGACAAGCACAUAACGUAAAAAAAAAAAAACAUUCUCAGUAAAAGGCUUCAUGGACCUUCAUUUCCUCCGCUAACUCCGCUAAGCUGUCAUGGCUGCUAACCCUCCAGGACAAGGCUUUCAGAGCAAGACCCGUGUGGCCAUCCUGGCGGAGCUGGACAAAGAGAAAAGGCGGCUGAUGCAGAGCCAGUCCAUGAACAGCCCCGGAGCCAACAUCCCUCUUUCGUCCAGACCCAGCCUGAAGGAGGCGAGAGACAGCGCGGAGCAGCAGCACAUCGCCGCCCAGCAAAAGGCCGCCCUGCAACACGCUCACGUCCACUCGUCCGGUUUCUUCAUCACUCAGGACUCCUCGUUUGGGAACCUCAUCCUCCCGGUGCUCCCCCGACUGGAGCCCGAUGUUUGACUCUGAACCUCCGAACAAAAACCGACCAGUGCCCCGGCCCCGGGGGAACAACUCACAUGCGAAUGAUUCGCUUUCUUUGUCCUGUAAUCAACCAAAUGAUUUUGGCAUCCAAACAACUCCACUGACAGAAUAAAAUAUAACAUUUGAACGCAAUCAGUGUUGAUCUAUUAGCAGGGGUUUAGAUAGGAAAUCCGGUCCCCUAGAAAGAACAGUGCUGUCAGCCCUCUUUUAAGUAAUUAAUAAAUUCUGCUGCUGUAAUUAUAAAA